AUGGCUUCUUUAGCUCUUGAGCCGGACGAACUCCUGGGUGGAGAUUUGCCUGAGCCGAAAGCAGUGACCACCCCCAAGAAGAAAGGUGAGAAGGCGUGCGAGGCGACCCCGCCCAAAGUCUCGGCCAAGAAAAAGAAAAAGAAAGCCAAGGCCACUGCAGUCGCUGAGAAGAAGUGCGGUGAUUGUGGCAAGACCAAGCCGCUGGAGCAAUUCCACGAUGAACAAGCCUCCUGCAAGACGUGCAGCGCGGACACCCGAAGCUUGCUUCGCUUAGCCAAGAUUCAGGGCAUGAGGGUGGAGGUCUUGGAGAUGAAGAAGAAGGAUCCCAAGAUGUACAACGCGCUCCUCAAAGCUUUCGCCAAGAAGCGGCUGGACGAGAAGAAGGAGGGCAAGAAGAUAAAGUUCGGCAUCGCGACGUUCGUGACGGAGUACCGGAAGACUGAAGGGACGCGCAUGUCCGCCAUUGGUGAGCUGAUGUGGGAGGAGGAGUAUAUUAUUUGGGCCAAGGGGGCGAAGGUUUUCCUCCAGGAGGCGGAUGCGGGCAAGCGGAAGUCCGAUGAGGAGGGUCCGAGCACGAUGCAGGCAGCGUUGGCAGAGUUCAGGAAUGAUGGCAGCAGCAAGGUGUUCGCCGACGAGAUGGCGGUGGUCGUUCGGUGCUGCGAGUGGCUGCUGGCCAUCAGCAAAGGGGAUGAGAAGAAGCUUGAGGACCUGACGCAGCAGUCCACAACAUCAGGCACGGAGGAUGGCUCGCGUGAUGGUGCCGCUCUUGCUCGAGCUGGGCCUUGUUGUGGGUUUCAGGAGUUGCAGCCUCUGUCCAACUUCGCCUCGAAGGGCAUGCUCUUCCGCAGCUGCGCUUCGCAAGAGGAAUUGAAAGACUUGCAGGAGUCGUUUGCUCCAGCGAGGAAGCUUUACCAGACCUUGGUUGCAAGCUGCAAAGCUUCAGUGACGGAGCUUCGGGCUGCUAGGCAGCGGGCAGCGGCUGCGGAGGAAGCUGCCAAGAAAAGAAACGCCAAGGAGGCAGAUGCUGCUCUGCCCAAGAAGAAGGCAAAGGGGCGCAAAGCAAAUUCUGAGCCUGGUGCAGCAGCUGCUGGCGCACAGCAGCAGCAUGCUGUGUUCAAGCUGGAGUCGCAGUGCUGCGUGUCCAUAUCCUCCAACAGCUGGGAGGAGGAUUUUGGGCGUGGCAAGGCCUGUCCUUUCGUUAUCUCCGGCGUCCAUGAGAUCAGCGAAGGUGCUGCUGACCAGCGCCAGAUCAAGACCGCCCUGAAUGAUUUCAACAAGGCUUUCAAAGAAAGUCACCGAAGGUCGUGCGUCGCAGCCCAUGCUCCUGGAGCUUGGGAAAAGUGUGCAGCUCAAGCUGAGUGCCAUCUUAAGGUUGAUUGCAACGCUGUCUACCAGCACUUGUUGCCGGCGGCAGAGGAGAACUUGUCCAAGGCAAUCAUGGUGCAAGCGUUUGGGCUGGCGGCAGGGCACAUUUCGAACGCGAAGGCUGAGCUCCACCAGUUUUCCUGCUUCAGGUGGUCUUUGGAGGGUACGCGUGAGAUGGCCAUCAUCAGCUACCAUGACGUGGCAAAGUUCUUGCAAAAGCAGAAGGGCCUUAGUCACCUUGCGGCGUUCCCCGAUACCUUGACUUGGGCUGCCUCCGCAAGUUUGCCUGACCUGGAGCAGCUGGUCAAGGAGUUCCCAAAGGCAGUGGCACGUGGAACGGUCGGCCCGAGAGACCUACUGUACACGCCUGCAGGCUCGAUAACCUUUCACCGGGUCUUCCAAGAUUCGGACGUGUUGGGCGUUCGAUGUCCUCUUUUCGCCCCUGUUGAUAUUGAGCUCUUGCCCUUGAUCUUGCGAGACAUCCGGAGCAUUGGAGCACAUGCUGUGGCGCUUGAGGCUGCGUGUGCUCUCCUUUCAGACAAGUCAAUCAAGGACUCCAUGCGCUCUCCUGCUGUAGCCUCUCAUGAAGCGAUCGCUGGUGAGCAGCCUGAGAAGAAAGCUGAGACUGUGAAGGAUGGCGAUAGUAUCGCAGGCAGCAGCAACUUGUCUCCCAGAGAACCUUCCGCGGAGAAGCCAGCCACCGAUACAACGGCCGCCACAGAACCUCCCGUUGUGGAUGGCGAGACUGAGAAGGGCGAGAACGCAGCUCCUGCAGAACUUCCCGUCGAUGGCAAGACCGGCAAGGGCGAGACCGUGGUGGUGGAUGGCGAGACCGGCAAGGACAACAGCCUUCCACCUGCCGCGUUGGAUGGCGACACGCGGGAGACAAAACCUCCACCUCCUGCAGAACCUUCCGUGGUCAUGGGCACCGAGAGCGAAGUCAGUGUUCCAAUUGCUGCAGAACCUUCCCCGGUGGAUGGCGAGACCGGCAAGGGCACGAUUGCAGCUCCCGCAAGUUCAGAGAUUCCGUCAGCGGCUGAGCGCGGCAACAGUGCAGCCGCCCCGAAGCACAAUGACCAGGUGCCGCAGAUUCCAACCAGCUCAACAGCUCCCGCAGAGACCGUCAAGAAUGAGCAGAGCAAGAUUGCAACAUCCUUGGCAGCGUCGCAGAAAGGCUCCCACGUUCAGCAUGUCGAGGUAGUUCCUGAUGAGGGUGAUGGUGAUGCUGAUAAAAAGGGUGAUGAUGAUGAUGCUGUGCAGCUUGUCAAAGGGAGGAAGAGGCUCAGGGUGGCCUGA